AUGGCUCGUAAAAAUAAAGAAAAUAAAAACAUGGCUCUAUCGGCCGUGUUGCGGGAGGAAGGCGAUAGCAGUGAAGACGACUAUCGACGCAAACGAGACAAGAACAAUCAGGCAGUUAAAAGAAGUCGAGUUAAAAGUAGAAUGCGCACACAGCAGACAUUGCAACGUGUGAACCAAUUAAAAACUGAGAAUGAUAUGCUUGAAGAAAAAAUUAAACUUUUAAGUAAAGAACUAGGAUUUUUAAAAGAACUAUUCAUGGCACAAGCUGGAACAUCACAAAUUGAACUUCCCAAAUCUGUUGACCUUAAAACAUUAUUGAGCGACACUACUUCAGACAUAUUGGAUAAUGAUUUAUCAAAACCUCAAUCUUCAUCAUAA